AUGCUCAGAGAUGCUUUUUCUUGUUCUGUUGGCAGUUUGCAGCGGCCAUGUCAAAGAGACCAUCAUAAAGACAAGAGAAAUCAGGAGGAAGUGCCAAUUAGCAGGAUGCUGACACCUUGCCUCCUAAGAAGAGUGGUCUUCCUGGUUCCUUUAAUUUUUGUAGUUGUGCUGCUCACCAUGGAGCCCAUUAAAGCCGACCAAGAAGCAGGAACAACAAUCCCAGCUGAAAGUCGCCCCUGCGUUGACUGCCAUGCAUUUGAAUUCAUGCAGAGGGCCUUGCAGGAUUUAAAGAAGACUGCGUAUAAUCUAGACACACGGACAGAAACACUGCUUCUUCAAGUGGAAAAGAGAACUCUGUGUGACUGUGUAACUGCAGACACGCUGAACUGAAUGCUGGAGAACAGCCAAAAAGUGUCACCGGUUCAGCUGUUUUUUAAAAUGUUGCUGUAUGUAAUACGGACAGCUGUGUGGAGUACAUAUUGCAAGCACGUAAGCCCCAGUGUAGUGAGGAAAGCAGGCGGGGAGUUUCUGUAUGAGAUGGUGGGGUGGGGUGGUCUGUCUUAUGCUUGUUUUCUCCAGUAUGAAGGUGCAACUAUUGUGGCUUGACUGAUUGAUCAUAUGAAGACAGAGCAUUGCAUGCUGGAAUCUGUAGUCUCUGCAGGCUCUAUCUCCAUAUUAAAGGUAAUGGUAGCUGCAAUCCAUUCUGUUAUUUAUAAUGUAAAUUUGGACCAGAUUCAGCCAGUUUGUAACUCUGUGGAUUUCAAUGGUGCUACACCUGCUUAUAUCUGGACUGAAUUUGGCCCUAAACAGGACUCCUGGGUCUCCUGGGAAGCUGUCACCUAUAUUUUCUCCAAUCCAGUAAUCCCUGAAUUAAAUCAUACACUGUCACUACCUACUUAGUGCUCCCACUAUGUGCCAGCACGUGUAGAAAUAGCUAUUGUUUUAACAAUCUAAAUGCAUGUUCUGUACAAAGGGAAAAGGAGAAUAAAACUACUAGAAAAACAGGUAACCCCACACCCAAAUGUACCUUGUUUCCUUUUGAAUGAGAUCUUGACAAUAGGCUAAGCUAAAAGCUCAGUGUGAAUGGGGGAAGGAGGAAUCAAAUUUUCAUUCACUGUCACAGUGCAGUGUAGCUUUUCUCUGAGAAAGUACGUUCACCAUAGGAAUGUACAUGGCACUCAGAUGUUGUCACUGAGCUAGUUAGUGGUGUCACAAAGCAACACACUAUUGAACAAGUCAACUUUUGUACACAUCAAAAAUGUCUUCUACGUUCUCCCCGGGGUGAGUGCUCAUGCACUACGGGAGCCCUGUUUUCUUUGCCCUCUGCAAACCUUGUGUGUAUAUUGUAAGUAUGAAAAGGGGAAGAAGUGAAAGCAUUAGAAAUUACUGAGUUAUGCAGAUUAAGAGAGACAAGAUGUAGAGAGACAAGGAGGGUGAGGUAAUAUCUUUUAUUGGACCAACUUUUGAUGGUGAGAGAGACAUGCUUUUGAGCUACACAGAGCUCUUCUUCAGAUCUGGGAAAGGUAGUCAGAGUGUCACAUCUAAAGACAAGAUCCAACAGCUAGUUGAGCAUAAGUAGUUAGCACAUGGUCUAAGGGACCAUUCAAGGCCUGUUUGAACCCCUCCUGAAAGAAAUCUUACACGAAUCCCCUUUUCUGGCCCCCAAAUAACCUCCCAACCUCUCCAAGCCCAUCACUAGAAGCAAGCUUUAUUUAUUUAGCUUCUUUUCUUUCAGGCCCUCCUUAAAACUCACUCCUGCUGCCAGGCCUCCUACAAGAAGUACCUUAAUUAAUCUAAAACUCCCCAAAGAACUAAACCCCCAGUCCCCCUUUUUAGUACAUUUUAACAGCACCAUCAGGGCAUGCAUAUAAUCUUAUUACUAUAAGCUUUGUCCUUCCUCACUCCUUCCCUGCAUUGUGUGUUAACCCCUCGC